UAUGCUCAGCACAGGGCAUACAGAUGUAAGUUUAAUCCAGGCAACAGUGAGAGGUGAAUAUGAGGUUGCCCUUUUACUAACAUGCAGUAGUAUUGAGUCGAAUAUGCAUCAGCCAGCGUAAUUGCCGAGGCGGACCUAGAAGGAGAGAUGAAAACCUCCUGGAUCUGUGUGUCGUGUUUUAUUCUUUCAAUCUCUCUGUGUGGAUCUACGCGUUGCUACUCUUAAAGCUUGGCACCAAGAGGUGCAAUCUCUAGCACUAAGCUCAGUUUUAAAAAGGAAAUUCCAAGACUCUGAAUCUGCCUGCAAGCUUCUGAUUAAUAGAAAAAGCAAGAAGAAGACACCCGAGACAAUCGAGGAAAAACUUAGUGGAGAAUCAGCGUUUUUCUUUUUUCUUUUUUUUGUUAAUUUUAUUAUUACUUUAAAAGAAGUUGUUGCUUUAUCCACUGCAUUGUGUCAGACUUGAGUUUCAUGUCUAAAGUCUGCAGUGACUGCAGGUUUCUAUAAUGUUUUGCUUGAAUUUGGACUUCGUUUGCCAGGACUUUAUUUUCACCUGAUCAGCAAUCCAUCACCAUUUUCACACAUUUCCUUUGCCCUCCCACCUCUUGUACCUUUUGUUUUUGUUUUUUCUGCAACAUUUUGUGCUGGACAGUCACUCUAGAGACUGGGCAGUGAUUUCUUGCAGAGGCGCAGUGUGAAGCUCGAUUCUUGUGAGUGAACAGUCUCACAUUCCCAAGAGGAUCCUUGGGCUCUGCACCUCUUGGUGUUUUCCUCUCCUUAUUCAUAAAGAGGAGAGUUUAAUUAAGGAAUCUGCAGUUGGGACAGUCGGCCAGAAGCCAGAAUGCAGGUGUCAUUAGUGUGCACGGAUCAUCGUGGAGGGGUAAGCCGCAACACGGAGGACCGGCUAAAUCGACAGAAUGCCAACAGCCCCAGCACAGGCACCCGCAGCAAGUUCAGAGCAGUGGCGAUGGUGGCUCGGAGUCUUGGACAACUCUCUGUGCAGAGUGUGCCUUCCUCCAGCGAGCAAAGUGUGAAGACUGGCAUGAAGUAUAGAAACCUCGGGAAGUCGGGCUUGCGGGUAUCCUGCCUUGGAUUAGGAACAUGGGUGACGUUUGGUGGACAGAUAACAGAUGAGAUGGCAGAGCAGCUGAUGACUCUGGCCUAUGAAAAUGGCAUCAAUCUGUUUGACACAGCGGAGGUCUACGCUGCUGGCAAGGCAGAGGUGGUGCUCGGAAACAUCAUAAAGAAGAAAGGAUGGAGACGUUCGAGUUUGGUGAUAACAACAAAGAUCUUCUGGGGUGGAAAAGCGGAAACUGAAAGAGGUUUAUCCCGAAAACACAUUAUAGAAGGUUUAAAAGCCUCUUUAGAAAGACUGCAGUUAGACUACGUGGAUGUGGUUUUCGCGAACAGACCGGACCCUAAUACACCAAUGGAAGAAACGGUUCGAGCAAUGACCCAUGUGAUAAACCAAGGCAUGGCCAUGUACUGGGGGACAUCCCGCUGGAGCCCGAUGGAAAUAAUGGAAGCGUACUCUGUUGCGAGACAGUUCAACCAGAUUCCCCCCAUCUGCGAGCAGGCAGAGUACCACAUGUUCCAGAGAGAGAAAGUGGAGGUGCAGCUACCUGAGCUGUUCCAUAAGAUAGGUGUGGGGGCCAUGACGUGGUCUCCGCUGGCCUGUGGGAUCAUCUCAGGGAAAUACGAUGGCAGGGUCCCUCCCUACUCGCGGGCCUCCCUUAAGGGCUACCAGUGGUUGAAGGACAAGAUCUUGAGCGAGGAGGGCCGGCGUCAGCAGGCGAAGUUGAAAGAGCUGCAGGCAAUCGCGGAGCGGCUGGGCUGCACUCUGCCCCAACUCGCCAUCGCGUGGUGCCUACGGAACGAGGGGGUGAGCUCUGUCCUUUUAGGGGCGUCCAACACCGACCAGCUGAUGGAGAACAUAGGAGCGAUCCAGGUUCUUCCAAAGUUGUCGUCAUCCAUCACACACGAGGUGGACAGCAUCCUGGGGAACAAGCCGUACAGUAAAAAGGACUACCGCUCCUAACGCGUGGCACGGCCCCGCCCGGCAGGGCUGCACCCGGCCUGCAGCCGCAGUGCCCCACCUUUGCCUGAUCCUCUGUUUGCUUGAGCUUUUACUGAGUGAGACCCUGGCGCAUGAGUCUGGCCACACCAAGGCCACGCAGGGCACCUCAUUUAGAGUUACAGGGAUAAGAUAAGAAAAGGGGGAAAAAAUACAGUCACCUCCACUGGAAAUGACAGGAUUGACAAAGAAAGACACAAACAUGGAAAAAGAGAGGUUAGAGAUAUGCGCUCAUAUUUAAAUUAGUUAUACAUUCAAUUCAGCUGAACGUAUUUUAAAACUAUAGAGAAAAAUACAUUUAUUAAAAAAAUUAAAUAAGCACACGCUUGCUUGGCA